UCUGCUCAGCAGAGGGAACCAAUAGGGCAGCAGCAAUUGUCACAUGAUUUCGGCUGAACGUGUGCGGGUGGGGAAAGGAAGGGGAAGCAGUGUACUACUGUGCCUGGGAUCUGUUCUCUUCCUCUGCACUAUUCUUAACGCUGAACUAAGGCCAUCGAGAAAAUCAGGUGACGCUGUUGUUGUGUUAGCGGCCAGAGGAUUCCUCCAGGGAAGCCAUGGAAGAUAGCGGAGUUAGUCCGGAAUCAGGUGCAGGGAAAAUACAUCCUCACUCCCCCUCUGUGACACUAACAGGGGCCAAGGGGAAGAAAGCUCGGAGUGCCAAGUCGCUGGUCAACAAAAGUGCCAAAGCCAGAAUGUCAUCUGUUCAGGGGUCAAUAACGGACUACAAUGGUUUUAUUCUGCACAAAAAACAAGCCAGAGUGGCCCCUCAAAGGACAGGUGGUUCGCCCCAUGGACUGACCAAAACCCCUCCAACCCCUGCCGACAGUGGUGGAGAAGCUUAUGAAACAGGGAAUUCAGAUUUAAAAACCUCUACGGACCAAGCCCCAGUAGCCAGGACACGGUGCGCGUGGAAGACGAUGGGAAAGCCGGCCUCCGGUCCAGCUGCCUUGAAGUUUGUCUCCAAGCCUUUUGCCAGAGAUGGAGCCGAGUCGAGUGUGUCAGAUGUGGAGACUGACAAGACGAUUGGCCACACCCCCAUUAGGCUGCCUCCGAGCAGUAAAGGAAAAUCUGUUGUCUCUACUAAGUCUCAGUCAGGGUCCAGGAAAAGGAAGAGGAAAAUGGGAAUGUACAACUUUGUCCCUAAGAAGAAGUCAAAGGUGUUAAAGAAGGAGAGACCAGCUUUAAAGGCAGGGCUAGACGAGAAGAGAGUUGAUCUUAAGUGCAGAGAGGUAAUUGAAGUACCAGAAAAUCCAACCGUAAUAGCCAAGCAGAGCGAAGAACAGGCUACUGAAAUAAGCUUGGAAAACAAAAUGGAGGAAGCGGACAUCAGCAGUAAACAGGAAUACACUGAACUGACUCUGGACUCUCUGGAUCUGAAAGCCCAAGAGGAGCUGUUUUCUCCUCCUCUUUCAGGCUUCCCGGUUGAUUGUGACGUGACGGAGACGGACCUGUCCGAGGAGCUUCCCCUGUGCUGCUGUCGCAUGGAGACCCCCUGCAGCGGGGAUGGCCUGGCCCAGACUGAGCACACCUGCAUGGCCAUCGAGAGUGCGGACGGCCUGGUGAAUCGCUGCCGGAGGAGGGUCGUGAAGCACGAGAUGAUGCGUCCCUCCAACACGGUGCAUCUUCUGGUUCUGUGUGAGGACCACCGGGCCGGCAUGGUGAAGCACCAGUGCUGCCCCGGCUGCGGCCUCUUCUGCAGGACGGGUACCUUCAUGGAGUGCAGACCGUACGGCAGCAUCUCUCACCGUUUCCACCGCGGCUGUGCCUCGUUCAUCAAGGCGCAGAGCUUCUGCCCCCACUGUGGGGAGGAUGCUACAGGGGCCCAGGAAGUCGCUGUCCCCAAACCCGUUACCCUCCCCAGACCGGAGCCGGUGCUUCCUCCGGCGCCGGAUGCAUUUCCCGUGGCCCCCGUCGUUUCCGAGACCACCAGACCCCUGAUUCAUCGGGCUAAGAAGACCACUGACCUUGAGAGGAGGCAUGACAGCUCCCCGAACAGCCUGACGAGAGAGUCAUUAGGUGAUGGAGGGGAACCAGCUAAAACGUCCCUGGAGAGUAUCCUAAUGGCCUUGGAUGAUGAAAAUAUGAGGCCAAAGAAAGUGAAGUAUCACACUAAGCAGCUCUAUAUCUCUGCCCAUCGUGGGGAGUUGCAAAAAGUCAUCCAUCUUCUUGUGGACGGAAAAGACCCAAACUACCUAAUGGACAGUCAGAACAAGAGAACCCCUCUACACGCAGCAGCGGCCGAAGGACACCAGGAGGUCUGCCACAUGCUUGUCCAGGCCGGCGCUAACCUGGACAUGUUUGACGAGGAGCAGAGGACGCCCCUGAUGGACGCCUGUUACAACAACCAUCUGGACACGGUCAAGUACCUGCUGAGGGCCGGGGCAGCUGUCGACCUGAAGGAUAUCAAGGGCUCGACAUGUCUGCAUUUGGCUGCUAAGUUGGGUCAUUAUGACAUAGUUGAACAUCUGUCAAAGGCCUCCAGACAGGUCAACGUUCAGGAUGAUGGUGGGUGGACACCGAUCACCUGGGCGAUAGAGUAUAAGUACAAAGAGCUGGUCUUACUGCUGCUCUCCCGAGGUGCUGACGUUAACAUCCGAGACAAGGAGGAGAACAUCGGCCUGCAUUGGGCUGCUCUGUCUGGCUCUGACGACAUCACUCAGAUCCUGCUUGAUGCCGGAUGUGACCUCCAUGCAGUCAACAUCCACGGGGACUCACCUCUGCACAUCGCUGCCAGGGAGAACCAGUUGGAAUGUGUCAUACUCCUCCUGUCACGAGGUGUCGAUGUGAAUGUGAGGAACCGGGAGGGGGAAACCCCUUUGGACUGUUGCAUCUACAACUCCAAGGUGUGGGUGGCCCUCAACACCAAUAAGAAGCUGACCGAUGCUAGGAGAACCAGGGACAGUCACGGAGAGAAGUUCCUUAGCAGGGACAUCUCUCGUGGGUAUGAGGCAGUUCCCAUCACCUGUGUGAAUGGAGUGGACAGUGAACCCUGUCCUGAUAACUACAAGUAUGUCCCAGACAGCUGCGUCACCUCCCCAAUCCAUAUAGACAAGGACAUCACCCACUUACAGCAUUGUGUGUGUACCGAUGACUGCUCCUCAAACACCUGCAUGUGUGCCCAGCUCAGCCUGCGCUGUUGGUAUGACAAAGAGGGUCGUUUGCCUCUGGAGUUCUGUCAGAAGGAGCCUCCAGUCCUGUUUGAGUGUAACCACGCCUGCUCCUGUUGGAGGAGCUGCAGAAACCGAGUGGUUCAGAAUGGACUUAGGGCACGGUUGCAGCUCUAUAAGACCCAGAGGAUGGGAUGGGGUGUGAAAUCACUGCAGGAUAUUCCUCAAGGAACGUUUAUAUGCGAGUAUGUGGGUGAAAUCAUUACAGACGCAGAGGCAGAUGGAAGGGAAAAUGACUCAUACCUCUUCACUCUGGACAAUAAGGUGGGCGAGCUGCACUGCAUUGACGCCCGGCUGUUUGGUAACAUUGGCCGGUUCAUUAACCACCUGUGUGAGCCCAACCUGCUGGCAGUCAGAGUGUUCACCAUGCACCAGGACCUGCGCUUCCCACGCAUUGCCUUCUUCUCCAGUAAGCCCAUUAAAUCAGGCGACCAGAUUGGGUUUGACUAUGGUGAUCACUUCUGGAAGGUCAAGAGCAAGUACUACAACUGCCAAUGCUGCUCCCCAAAGUGUAGACACUCAUCAGCCGCCGUAGCCCAAAGAGCCCAGAGCCUGGAGAGGGCGGUUAGCCCUGCCCAACAGUCAGGCAUCCAUUCUGCCCCAAAACAAUCCUAACACCUUCCACCUCUUUCUGCCUCCUGCCACCCGUGUGGCCUCUCCUGACCACUGCUUUUUCCCCCCCUUUCCCCCCCCCUUUUUUUUUUUUUACAUUUACACUGAUAUGAAUUGUCAUUUAGUGGAUUUGUUGAUGUAAAUAAAAUACUACAGGUAGACUAGCCCUAGACUCCCACAUGCUUGCUGUUUCUAUAUCUUUUUUUAAAAUA